CUCCUUCUCUUUCUUCCUCACCUUAUGUUCAGCAUUAGGGAUGUUGGCUCUGUCUUCAAAAUAUUUCCAGAAUCAUUCCACUUCUCACCCCCUGUACUCCUACCACCAUGGUCCAAGCCUGGAUCAUUCCAGAAACUUCCUAAUGGUGUCCCUACAUCUGCCCUUGCCCUUGCUACACUCUUUUCUCAUCCUUGCAGCCAGAGUGGUCCUUUUCAACCUAAGACAGAGUAUGCUCAUGAGUUUGGCUCAAGUCUCUCCAUCUCACUUGGAGUAAAAGCUGGCCUCCUAUAAUGGCAUAAAGGCUGUAUGUAAUCUGGCCCCUGCUACCUCUCGGACCUCAGCUCCUACCCUCUCCCCUUUGUUCACUCUUCAGCCACACUGGUCUAUUUGUAGUUCCUUAAGCAUGAAAGGCCUGUCCCUAGCUCCUGGCCUGUGCAGUUGCUGUUCCCGCUGUCUCCGUCCAUCACUCAAGUUAGAUCAGUUGCUGCUCCCUCUGUGUAGCCUUUCUGAGUCUCUCCAGGCAGCCAGGCUUAAGUGCUGCUGCUUUUGCUCUCUCCAGAGCCUGAUUUAGCCUCUCAUUUACUCCUGAUCGUGGUGCUGUUGUUACUUGGUGGCUUGCCUGUCUCCCUUGUUGGGCUGUGAGUCAUUCCAGAUGGCUUGGGCCAUUCCCGUGUCCCCAGGGCCCAGCCCUGUGCCUGGCUCAUGUCUGGGGCUCAGGAUGCCUCUGGGAAGAGUGAAUGUCUGCAGUGUAUGGGUGCACAAGGGAAUCUUGCAAGGCAGUAGCUGGGGGCUGGCUCCCUGCCCACCUGUCUGCCCACCAUCCCUUCUGGAGUCUCAGGCCCUGUGCUCCCCUCCCAGGGGUGUGUCAGGAGUGAGGUGUUUGUGAUGCCCCGGGGGUUGGCUGCUGGGGUGGGGGAGUGGGCCCAGGAGAGCAUUUCCCCCAGAUGGCACAGACGUUGUACGUGCUGGUGCCUUGUGAAUGACGAGGCUGCACCGUGGCAGGAGUUGUGUUUUAUCACCCCACAUGCUCACCGGGACUGUAUGUGGCGUAUUUGCUUGGGGCCUUUGUGGUGCAGAGCCCUGGGUGAUCCCAGGGGGAACGCCACAGACACAGCAGCGUGAGGCUGAGCUUGGAGGCACCAGGCUGGCCAGGAACCUCCGAGAGGGGUCCUAGACAGCAUUGAGCUCAUCUGCGUCAGGCUGCCACCCUGAUCCUCAUACCUCAGGACCUGAAGGGGUGGUGUCUCUCGAGGCUGGGCACUGAGGCACUCCCCCACCCCAAGUCUAAACACCCCAAUGCUGAAAACUGCUCAAGUGCCUGAGACAUGGAGUGAAAACUCCUUAUCACAGCAUUCCAGAGUCCUCCCUACCCUUCGGCCUGUCAGCCACCACUUUCCAAAGACGCCAGCCGCUCCCCAGCCACACUGGCCUCUCGGCUCCAACACUUCUCACUGUCUCACCGCUGUGCCUUUGCCUAUGGUGUGGUCUUUCCCCUUCCCUGCCUGGAAAAUUCCUCCUUACCUUCCCCAGGUGUCACCUCCUCUGUGAGGCCCCCACAACCUCCCCCAUCCUCACCCCUUCCCUCAACUCCUUUUAUUUUGUUCUGUUGUGGUAAUUGUAACUUCCCACUGGACAGUUAAUUUUUACUUAUUAUUCAUAGUGACUUUAUAAUUAAUUGUAAUUUUAGUAUGUAUGUCUAAUAUAGCAUGAUAUUGUGAUAAUAUUAGCUGGCGUUUAUUGAGUGCCAGCCCCCUGCCAGGGUCUUUGUUAAGCAUUUUGAGUGCAUAGCUUUUUGUAGACGUCAGAGUGUCUCUGAGAGGGAGGUGUCGUUAUCUCUUUUACAGGUGAGCAAGCUGAACCUUCAUAUCCCCUGCGCUGAGCAUGGUGCCCUGUGCAAAGUGGCCCCAGCAAAUGCUUGUUGAAUGAGUAAAUGGAUAGAUGGAUGAAUGAAUGAAUGUUCGUUGAAUGUCUUGUUGAUUCCCCUCCCUUUUGGUCCCUGUCCCCUCAUAUGUCACCAAGGUGGGUGCACAUGGAGCUGACUUCCCCAGGCAGAACCCCCAGCACCCCAAAAGCAUUUUAAGCCACAAUUAAGGUGAUAAUGCCCAUGCUAAUCACCAACACGAGUAAAUUAGUCUUGUCAGGAGCCAUUAAGGCGGGGGCUCGGGAUUCAUUAGGAUGGAUUGGGCCCAGGCAGCGCCUGGCACUGCUGCCAGUUGGAGCUGAUUAAUUUCUCUGCAAACUCCAUCAAUGCCCAGCUGUUUCGUCUGGACCCAGGGAGAGCAAUUUUCAGGUGGGCUGACCCCGCAUCAGCGUCUCAGCAGACGGAGGAGCUGAGCGCCUGCAAGCUCAGGGACAGCUCCCCACUGGGCGGCCCCCACUGAGUGGGAGGGGGGAGGGCGGACAUGAAUGGCGGGCUGUGUGGGCAGAAAACGCUCGAGGACAGGACUGCCAGCUGGCGGGGACUUGGGCAGGUGCGGAAAUGGGCAGGUGUGAGGGGAGUCUGGGAGGGUUCUUGCCCGUCCCUGGGAGGAGUCUCAAUACCUAGUAUCUGGGAACGGGCUGUCCUUCCUUUCCUGUCCCCCACUUCUCUUUGUCUCUUUAAAAGAAAGAAAUCAUCUCUCAGGAGGGAAUGGAGAACCAUAGAGUGAAAAUUAUUUUUCUCUUAAACAGGGGUUUCUUGGGACUGACCCGGGGAGGGGGCUUGUGGUACCCUAGAGCAGUCCCUCGGCAGGGACUGGUGCCAAAGCUACAGGAAUUGGGGCACCAGAGGGACGUGGGUGUCAGGGAGCCAGACAUCAGUUGGGUGUGUACCGUAUGCAUGGUUUGACUACACCUGCGACCACCUAUACAAAGGCUUCUAACAGUGUAGGUGCUGGAACCAGACUGCCUGGGUGUGAAUCCCAGCCUGCCUAGCUGUGUGCCUUAGUUUCCUUAUCUGCAAAAUGGGAAUAAUAACACUAAAUUUACUUCUUCUGGUUUGUGUGACUACUGGAUGAGCAAAUUGUAAAGUCCUUAGGAUGGUGCCUGGCACAGAGCAAGCACUCAAAAAUGGAAGCUGCUAUUUCGCUUUACCUACUCAUUUUUAAACUUGCAGAAACAUACUUUUCAAAAGAACCUUUCAUUUAUCAGUCAGGCCUCAUGGUUGCCCACUGGGGAAAAUGCCUCUGGCUGUCCAUUUUAUUGGAAGCUACUGAGGACUCUCAGAAUUGACUGAGCUAAAGGACCGAGCUUUGGAAGUUGGCUGGACAGUCUGGCUAGGCGACCACUGCUGUCAACAGGAGUGAACUCUACCACCCACACCCAGCAGCAGUGCCCACUUGGCCAAGCCCAGGACCUGUGCCUGUGUCCACACUGGAAGGGGGUGGGAUAGUGAGGGGCAGCACCUCCCAGCUACACCCAAUGGAAGAGUCUCCAAAAAACAGGAGGGGAUGGGGCUAGACACAGCACCCAUAGAAAGAGACAAAUGUCCACUUAUAACAGCAGAGAUGCUGGCUAUAUUUCCAUAAAAAAAAAAAAUACGUUCUAAUAAAUACAUAGCAUUUAAAAUUAAACAAAAAUCUUCUUACCCCAAGAUCACCUUAAGUACCAUCACUGCCCUUCAGGGAGCAACGUGGCUGUCGUGUUCAUGCCAGCUCAUGGCGACCCUGUGUGUAUCGGAGAAUUUUUAGAAGUAGAUCAACAGGCCUUUCUUCUGAGGCACCUGUGAGUGAACUCAAACCUCCAACCUUUCAGUUGGCAGCCAAGUGUGUUAACUGUCUGCACCACCCAGGCAUAGAGUAUGUUCCAAACCAAAAACCAAACCCAUUGCCAUCGAGUCAAUUCCGACUCAUAACGACCUUAGAGGACAGAGUGGAACCGCCCCAGAGGGUUUCCAAGGAGUGGCUGGUGGAUUCGAACUGCUGACCUUUUGGUUAGCAGCUGUAGUCUCAACCACUGUGCCACCAGGGCUCCACAGAGUAUGUUAGUCAUAAAUGCUAAGAAGAAAUAAUCAACUUUGGUUGAAGUUAAGGUCAAGGGUAGACUGUGGGGGUGGGGAGUAUAACAGCCUCUAUUCUCCCUCUUCACUUCUAUCACCGUUACACCUGAAGGAUCCUCAGAGGGCCUGGGUGAGCCCACUAGGACCCCCUGUAGUACAAUCUGAUGAGCACUGUUCUAGCCAAACAGCCCCCACCUUUACAGAUGGAGAAACCGAGGCCGAGAGGGGGGGACUUGCCCAAGGUCCCCGGUCAGUGACUGUUGGAUUCUGGACUGAACCCUGCCCUGACUCCACAUACCAUCUGCAGAAGAAAUUCAGUGGAGCUUUGCCCAGGGGGUCAGACUGUGCCUUAGGGCCUGGGGGGAGAAACAGUGUCCUCCUGGGUGGGUGGGCUGUGAGCUUGGAACUUGCUCUUUGGAUAAAGGGGUCUGUGUGCCUCAUAGCUACCACAGUUUUGGGGUAGAGUUCUUGAGGAAGGGAAGGAGGGCAUCCCAGUGGCCCCCAGGCUUCCUGAUAGAAAGGGGCACAUGGUUUUAGAGGGAAGAAGUGAUCCAGUACCUGUCCAGCUGCUCAGAUGCUGCGGUCCAGGGGCCUGAGGCCCUGAGACCUGAUGCCCUUGCGGAGCAGGGAUUUUACUCUUCCUUCUGGGAGAUGGGGGGAUAGCUUGCAGGACACUUGGAAGGCUCUGGAUGCUUCUGUGGUCCUGUCUCCUCUCUGCUUUUCUCCUGGGCAGCACUGGCCCUCAGAGGAGCUCAUAGGACAGAUUGGAGCCCUCUUGGGAUGUCCUGUGGGCAGCAGCCAAUCCCAAGAGGCCCCUGCCUAGGCCCAUCUUGUGCCUGUGACAGCACCAGCUGUGGACUUUCUGACAACACCCAGGCACAGGUGUGGGGUAGGGCCAGGUGCCUGGAUGCAGCCACAGUAACACUAAUGAUAAUGAUGAUGUGCCACCUGUCGUGUGGCCAUGCCGGUAAUGGCAUGCACUGUGCACCUGUGCUGCCAGGCUGUGCUGGGGGAGGGGGUUAUGUAGACACACAUUGAAGAUAACCAGGAGACUAGCAGCUAUCAUUUAUUAUGCACUUACUCUGUGUUGGGCACUGGGUAAGCCCUUCAUACAUAUUGCUUCAUUUAAUCCUCAUAGCAAACCUAGAAAGUGGAUCUUAAAACGCCCACUUUACAGAUGAGGAAGUAGAGGCUGAGAGAGGUUAUAUUAAGUAACUUGCACAGGGUCACGCAGCUUGCAUAGGGGAGAAGUUGAAUUUGAAUCCAGUGCUGCUUAACUCCAAAGCCCAUGUACUUAAGCACAACUCUGGGAUUCUCUACGUGGGUCUUGCUUUUAAGGAGCUCCCAUCUGGAGAGGAGAGGUGAUCAGUCCCACCCCAGCCUGAAUCAGUCUUAGUCAGGGUUCUCUGGAGAAACAGAACCAAUAAGAUACAGGUAGAUAUAGAUUAAAAAAAAAAAAAAAACGCCAGUUGCCAUUGAGUUAAUUCCAACUCACGGUAACCCCGUGUGCCAGAGUAGAACUGUGCUCUGUAGGGUUUUCCACGGUCAGACCCCUUUUCCAAGGCAUCUCUGGGUAGACUCGAACCUCCAGCCUUUUAGUUAGCAGCUGAGUGGUUUAACCAUUUGUAUCACCCAGGGACAGGCAUAGAUAUAUAAAAAGAGGUGUUUAUUUUGAGGAAUGGCUCAUUUGAUUAUGAGGCCUGGCAAGUCCAAAAUCUGUAGGUCCUGCAACAGGCUAGAGAUUCCAGCUGUCUUGUGUCCUAAAACCAGUAGUCCAGGCGGCAGUGGGGAGUCCUGCAAAUGCCCAGAGGAGGAAGGAGUUCGUUCUGGGCUCAAGGAUGGAGAGGGCUUCAUAGUAGAGGUGGCAUUGGAGUGGCUGCGUUUUGACAGACUGAGGCCACAGGGAAGUCGUUUCAGAAGGUAUGGAACAGGCCGACCACAGUGGAGCAGGCAAUUUUUAUGUGUUUUCAGUGGCAGAAAUGGGUCGUUGUGGUUAAAAAUAAAAACAGUAGUAAUUUUUUAGUACUUGUGUUUUGCUAGUUAGGUUACCUGCGUGAUCUCGUUUAAUGCUUAGAGCAGUCAUGAGAAGUCUGUUCUAUUAUUGUCUCCAGUUUAAAGGCUCAAAGCUAUCAAGCAAGCUGCCCAAGGCCCCACAGCUAAUAACCAGUAGGGUCAGGACUUGAAUUCCAGGUGUUCAAUCUCCAGCACCGGUGCUGGUGGCCCAACUGUUAAACACUUGGCUGCUCACCUAAAGGUUGGUGGUUUCAACCCACCCCGUGGCUCCACGGGAGAAAGACCUGGCAAUGUGGUCCCAAGAAGAUUACAGCGUAGAAAACCCCAUGGGGCAGUUCUGCUGUGUCACACAGAGUCUCUAUGAGUCAGAAUCCACUCAAAAGCACCUAACAACCACCAGAACAGUGUGCUGCCCCUCCAGGUUGUGUUGGGCCCCUUCUCAGUUCAUUACCCAGGAAAGUGUCUCAGGGACCAAAAGUCCAGACUGGGGAGGUGCUAGGUGAACGGGCAGCUGCUGCGGGGAGUGGAGAGUGGCCAGCACGGCUUGCUCUGGGAUCACAGGCCCAGAAUUGGGGUAUGAGCCUGGGUCCCAGGCCUGGCACUGCUCCCAAGCAGUUGUGUGGGCUUGGGCAAAUUGAUUUUCCUGUCAGGGCCUCAGGUCCCCAUGUUACACAGAAGGUGAUAAUCUUUGCUGAACAUGACAUACCGGAGUUGGAAAUACUGCUGAAAAAUGACUGUGGGGAAAAUAGACAAAAGUAUGAGGUUUGCCACGUCUUUUGCUCUUGGGUCCACGGCCUUUUCCGGUGACCAGCAGUGGUGGGGAGGGGGCCUUGGCCAGCUGUGCUGGGGCCAGGCAGCAGGUACCCCCAUUAGGGGGCUGGGGGCUGGCAGAUGAGCCUAGCCCAGCCAUGCCUUUGGGAGGAGGAUGUGCUGAGCUUGCAGCCAACCGGGAACACUUGGGCUCUCUGGGAACCAGCCGAAGGUGUAAUUUAUAAGAGCUGAAAAUCCUCCGGCUGGUUGGGGAGACAGUGACAGGCAGAGCCGACUUGGAACUUGUCAUUACUCCCCUCACCCCGACUGUUCUUUACAAGCCUCAGGGGACCUGCGGGCCUGACUGUCCAGCUACAGCUUGGCCCAGAAUACAAGAUCAAGUUGUGUUUUCAGCCUUGACCAAGGAAGAGUCUGGACACCCAGGGGAAUUGUCCUUUGGUGCAAGGAUCUCCCUCCACCCAGAGCCUUCCCUUUCCUCCUCUCCCCAUCGGGAUAGCAUACCCAGCACUGUGUGGGAAGACACAGGGACUGUGCCCAGCUCCUGUAGCCAGCCCUGUACCCAGGACAGAUGCUACGUACCUUCCCCCUCCUGGUCAGCCUCCUGCGUGCCAGGUGCUGUGCUAAGGGAUUUGCAUGCUUUGCUCAUUUAAUCCUCACAAAGCUCUGUGAGGGAGCUAGUUAUUAAGUCCACUUUACAGAUGAGGAUGACUGAGGCUUGGAAAAGUAAUUAUUUGCCAUUAAGUUGCUGGACUGGAUUCAAGCCCAGGUCUCUCUCCCUCUAACCAGCUCUUCCCUGCCUUUCUAGCUCAGGCCAACUCUACCAUUUAUUGACUGUGCAACCACAGACAAGCCCCUUAGCCUCUCUGGACCUCUUUUUCCUCCUCUAAAAAUGAAGAUGACAUACUUGCCCAACCAACUGCAACAGAAAACUUAUAAAAGCUCUUUCAAAAGAGUUUUGAAAUGAAAUUGCUGUAUAAAUGGUCUUCAAGGGCCUCCUCUUCCAAGAAGCCUUCCCUUGUGUCUUCAGCAAAUGUAGACUGCCUUGCUGACUACUUAACCUCUCUCUGCCUCAGUUUACUCAGUUGGAAAAUGGGAAUGAUAAUAACACACUACAUAGUCAUAGGUCUCUGAUGAGGACUUAAUUAAUUAAUGUUGGGCAUUUAAAACUGUGCUUGGCACAUAGUAGGCACUGAUAGAUAUUAGCUAUUUUCAUUGUUGUUGUGGGCUGGUGCUAGGUAGAAACGGUUUGGGACAAGAAUGAUGCCCUGUAUGGCCCAAGCCCACUGUGCUCAGCACAUAGAUACUUGGUGAGGUUUUAUGUUUCCAAGGGGCAUUUUCACUUUUCAGGUAGGAGAGGCCUAAAGGUCCCUGGUCCAGGAACCCCCUUGGCACAGCUGCCUGACAGCAGGUAGUACAGGCUCUGGGUGGGCCCACCAGGCAGUGAGCUCCACCUGCCUCUUGCCACUAUCACCCAUCUGUCCUGAUCUGCCCCAGUGCACCCUGGAAUCCGCUGUUCCCUCUUUACAUGACGGCCAUGCAGGGUCUGCAGUCUUCUUUUUUUAAUCCAAGCAUCCCCAGCUCCUGUAGCCAGCCCUCCUACUCAGGACAGACACUGCUUACCUCCUGUGUGCCAGCUGCUAUGCCAAGGAGAUUGCAUGCCUUGCUCAUUUAAUCCACAGGAAGCCCUGUGAGGGAGCUAGUUAUUAAGCCCAUUUCACCGAUGAGGAAACCGAGGCUUACAGUGGUUGUCACUUUCCCAAGGGCUCUCAGUCAUUAAGUUGCUGAGCUGAGAUCAGCCCCAGUCCCUCUCACUCUAGUACCAAUUGUGCCCUGCCUCUCUGGCAUAGGUUAGUGUGGGCAAAGGGGAGAACCUUCCAGCCCUGGGACUGGCAUGGGGAUCCUCACCCACCAUCUCUGGCCUCUCUUCUACUUCCUCACUCUGUCUUCAUACCAAGGGGGACAAGAGCCUCUCACUCUGGUCCCUUCUGGCCCCUUGACUGUGGGUGAGGGAAAGGGUGUGCCUCAGUACACCCCGCCACACUCAUUUCCCAUACCCUGGCAUGACAGCACUGCCCCUGGACCCUCCUUUGUUGGGCCUGCUUGGCAGCAGAGCUAGGUAAGAUGAGAGCCCUAGUGCUUCCUAGGAUUGAUUUGGCCUUCGAAGGGAUAAUUUAAGAUAAAUAUGUUGGCAUCCACCUGGGGUGAGAUGGAGGGAUUAUUGAGUGUUGAACCUGCUUUGCUGCAUCGGCUGCUUUUUGAGCUCUCUGGAGAAACCCUAUGUUGGGGAUAACUCAGCUCUGGUAGACAGGGAGGUGGUGUUUGUCUCCCACACACCCUCAACGAGUCAUGCCAGCCAGGGCCCAGGCACUCGGCUCACCCCACCUGGGCCCCAAGAAGUGGCUUCCUGGCCCAUUUCAAUGUGUGUCGUUGUCCCUCCCUCCCUGCUCAUCCAGCCCAACUUCUCACUCUGCACAGCCCCAAAAUGUGGGAAUUAGGGGCAGUGGUGCCCAGCUGGGGGGACCCUGUGUGGCCUCUGGCCCCCAGACUGCCUUGGAUGGUCCAGAUAGGUGGAGAUGAGUGGGCCAGAGACUGCAGACACAUUUCUGAUUCCUGACAGCUGUUGCCCAGGCACAUCCCCAGCCUCUUGCUGGAGACACCACCUCUGCUUUGGCAGAUUUCAAGGGAGAACAGAGUGGACCCCUAGUGCUGGGACUCAGUGGGCUACUGGGGAGGCUCAGAGGGCCACUGAUCCCUUGGGUGACCAACCUUGCUCAGUAUGGAUGCAUAGGCCAUGAGGUCAAGGGAUCAAGGCCCCCCAUGGGGCCCUGGCACCUCAACAUGACCUGGUCCACCAGGUGUUGGUCCUGACCAUACUUCUGCCACCCUUAGAGCCCCCUGGUGUCCUAGGGAACCGCUUGGAAUGGAGACAGGGAAUGGACCAAAUUGCAGACUCUGAGGGCAGGGUUGGAGUGUGCAGGAGGCUAACAGUGAACACUGAUGGCCUGCCUUCCUCAGUGUCCCCUGUGGUGCCCAGCACGGGAGGGGAACAUGGGGAGGGGAUACCUGGGAGGUGCUAGUUCUAUGUGUAAUGCUUUAAGUCUGUCCCUGCCUGAAAACACACUCGUUCCUGGGCUGCGACAGCCUUAGGGUGGGGAAAGCCUUGUCCCUGGCAGAGGUGUCCAGGAGAGGAGGUGAAGGGGGAGCCAUGCUGCAUGCAGGAGGUGCUGCCUGGGGACAGGAGGCCCUGUGUGGCACCAGGUGGCAAGAAGGUACAGGGACUAACCAGCAGCAGAAGGCCAGAGGGCAGCUCUUGGGUAAUAAUUAACAUCUACUGUCCUGGGGUGAGGAAACCCUGGUGGUGUAGUGGUUAAGAGUUCGGCCGCUAACCAAAAGGUUGGUAGUUCAAAUCCACCAGGUGCUCCUUGGAAACCCUAUGGGGCAGUUCUGCUCUGUUGCUAUGAGUUGAAAUCAACUCGAUGGCAAUGGGUUGGUCCUGGAGUGAUAAUCUGAGGAUGGCAUCAGCUCUCAGAUGGGCUGUCGUUUGAACACAGUAAUGCCUCCCCUCAUUCCUUGCUCAUCCCUGUCCCCUGUCACCUCACAGGGCACAGAGUGUGAUGGCAGCAACUUGAGGAUGAGACACGACAAUAGAAGCUCAUGCUAGUGAGUGUUUCCUCAGUGCCAAGCACUGGGCAUGUUGCCCAGGCACCUGGUCCUCACAACAACCCACAGAACCACUAUUACCCCACUUUAUACAUGCGCAAACAGAGGCUCAGGCUCCUCUGUGACCCAGUUGCUGGCCCGAGACAUGGACAAUGACCCCCUGGUGUUUGGCGUGUCUGGGGAGGAGGCCUCCCGCUUCUUUGCCGUGGAGCCUGAUACCGGUGUGGUGUGGCUCCGGCAGCCACUGGACAGAGAGAGCAAGUCAGAAUUCACGGUGGAGUUUUCUGUCAGCGACCACCAGGGGGUGAUCACACGGAAGGUGAACAUCCAGGUCGGGGAUGUGAAUGACAAUGCGCCCACAUUUCACAACCAGCCCUACAGCGUGCGCAUCCCUGAGAACACACCGGUGGGGACGCCCAUCUUCAUCGUGAACGCCACGGACCCUGACCUGGGUGCAGGCGGCAGCGUCCUCUACUCCUUCCAGCCCCCCUCCCAGUUCUUCACUAUCGACAGUGCCCGCGGCAUUGUCACCGUGAUCCAUGAGCUGGACUACGAGACCACGCAGGCUUACCAGCUCACCGUCAAUGCCACGGAUCAAGACAAGACCAGGCCUCUGUCCACCUUGGCCAACCUGGCCAUCAUCAUCACGGAUGUCCAGGACAUGGACCCCAUCUUCAUCAACCUGCCUUACAGCACCAACAUCUAUGAGCAUUCUCCUCCGGGCACGACAGUACGCAUUAUCACUGCCAUCGACCAGGAUAAAGGACGUCCCCGGGGGAUUGGCUACACAAUCGUCUCAGGGAACACCAACAGCAUCUUUGCCCUGGACUACAUCAGCGGAGCGUUGACCUUGAAUGGACUACUAGAUCGGGAGAACCCUCUGUACAGCCAUGGCUUCAUCCUGACCGUGAAGGGCACGGAGCUGAAUGAUGACCGCACCCCGUCUGACGCCACGGUCACCACGACCUUCAACAUCCUGGUUAUUGACAUCAAUGACAACGCCCCUGAGUUCAACAGCUCCGAGUACAGCGUGGCCAUCACAGAGCUGGCCCAGGUCGGCUUUGCCCUCCCCCUCUUCAUCCAGGUGGUGGACAAGGACGAGGGAGCCCACGGGAACAAACCAGCAUCGUCUCAGGGGACUGUUGGCAAGACAAUAAACAGAGGCCUGAACAGCAUGUUCGAGGUGUUCCUGGUGGGGAACAACUCCCACCACUUCAUCAUCUCCCCAACCUCCGUCCAAGGGAAAGCCGAUAUCCGCAUACGGGUGGCCAUCCCGCUGGACUACGAGACAGUGGAUCGCUACGACUUCGACCUCUUUGCCAAUGAGAGUGUGCCUGACCACGUGGGUUAUGCCAAGGUGAAGAUCACUCUCAUCAACGAGAAUGACAACCGGCCCAUCUUCAGCCAGCCCCUGUACAACGUCAGCCUGUUCGAGAACGCCACGGUGGGGACCUCAGUGCUGACAGUCCUGGCAACAGACAAUGAUGUGGGCACCUUUGGCGAAGUCAACUACUUCUUCACUGAUGACCCUGACAGGUUCUCUCUGGACAAGGACAUGGGGCUUAUCAUGCUGAUUGCCAAACUGGACUAUGAGCUGAUCCAGCGCUUCACCUUGACAGUCAUCGCCCGGGACGGGGGCGGUGAGGAGACCACAGGCCGGGUCAGGAUCAACGUGUUAGAUGUCAAUGACAACAUGCCCACCUUCCAGAAGGAUGCCUAUGUGGGUGCCCUUCGAGAAAACGAGCCUUCUGUCACACAGCUGGUGCGACUACGGGCAACAGAUGAAGACUCCCCUCCCAACAACCAGAUCACCUACAGCGUCGUCGAUGCCUCCGCCUUCGGUAGUUACUUUGACAUCAGCACAUACGAGGGCUACGGAGUGAUCAGCGUGAGCCGCCCCCUGGACUAUGAACAGAUACCCAACGGGCUGAUUUAUCUGACAGUCAUGGCCAGGGAUGCUGGCAACCCCCCUCUCAACAGCACUGUCCCUGUCACCAUCGAGGUGUUUGAUGAGAAUGACAACCCUCCCACCUUCAGCAAGCCUGCCUACUUCGUGUCCGUGGUGGAAAACAUCAUGGCAGGAGCCACGGUGCUGUUCCUGAAUGCCACAGACCUGGACCGCUCCCGGGAGUACGGCCAAGAGUCAAUCAUCUACUCCUUGGAGGGCUCCUCCCAGUUUCGGAUCAAUGCCCGCUCAGGGGAAAUCACCACCACCUCCCUGCUCGACCGGGAGAUGAAGGCUGAAUACAUCCUCAUCGUGCGGGCAGUGGAUGGGGGUGUGGCUCACAACCAGAAAACUGGCAUCGUCACUGUAAACAUCACUCUCCUGGACAUCAAUGACAACCACCCCACCUGGAAGGAUGCUCCCUACUACAUCAACCUGGUGGAGAUGACCCCGCCAGACUCUGAUGUGACCACGGUGGUGGCCGUGGACCCAGACCUGGGCGAAAAUGGCACCCUGGUGUAUAGCAUCCAACCGCCCAACAAGUUCUACAGCCUCAACAGCACCACAGGCAAGAUCCGCACCACCCACGUCAUGCUGGACCGGGAGAACCCCGACCCCCAGGAGGCAGAGUUUAUGCGCAAGAUCAUCGUCUCCGUCACCGACCGUGGCAGGCCCCCUCUGAGAGCCACCAGCAGUGCCACAGUGUUUGUGAACCUCUUGGACCUCAAUGACAAUGACCCCACCUUUCAGAAUCUGCCUUUCAUGGCUGAAGUGCUCGAGGGCACCCCUGCAGGGGUCUCCGUCUACCAAGUGGUGGCCGUCGACCUGGAUGAGGGCCUGAAUGGGCUGGUGUCCUACCGCAUGCAGGUGGGCAUGCCCCGCAUGGACUUCCUCAUCAACAGCAGCAGUGGCGUGGUCGUCACCACCGCCGAAUUGGACCGCGAGCGCAUCGCUGAGUACCAGCUGCGGGUGGUGGCCAGCGAUGCGGGCACCCCUACCAAGAGCUCCACCAGCACACUCACCAUCCGUGUGCUGGACGUGAAUGACGAGACGCCCACCUUCUUCCCAGCCCUGUACAACGUCUCUGUGUCCGAGGAUGUGCCACGAGACUUCCGGGUGGUCUGGCUGAACUGCACGGACAACGACAUGGGCCUCAAUGCCGAGCUCAGCUACUUCAUCACAGGUGGAAAUGUGGAUGGGAAGUUCAGUGUUGGCUACCGUGAUGCUGUCGUGAGAACGGUGGUGAGCCUGGACCGGGAGACCACAGCCGCGUACACGCUCAUCCUGGAGGCCAUCGACAACGGUCCGGUCGGCAAGCGGCGCACGGGCACCACAACCGUAUUCGUCACUGUCCUUGAUGUAAAUGACAACCGGCCCAUCUUUCUGCAGAGCAGCUAUGAGGCCAGCGUCCCCGAGGACAUCCCUGAGGGCCACAGCAUCGUGCAGCUAAAAGCCACAGAUGCGGACGAAGGCGAGUUUGGGCUUGUGUGGUACCGCAUCCUCCAUGGCAACCAUGGCAACAACUUCCGGAUCCAUGUAAGCAACGGGCUCCUGAUGCGUGGGCCCCGGCCCCUGGACCGGGAGCAGAACUCAUCCCACGUGCUGGUGGUAGAGGCCUACAACCAUGACCUGGGCCCCAUGCGGAGCUCCAUAAGGGUGAUAGUGUACGUGGAGGACGUCAACGACGAAGCCCCGGUGUUCACGCAGCAGCAGUACAGCCGCCUGGGGCUUCGAGAGACUGCAGGCAUUGGCACUUCAGUCAUCGUUGUCCGAGCCAUGGACCGAGACACCGGGGAUGGUGGCCUGGUGAACUACCGUAUCCUGUCAGGAGCAGAGGGGAAAUUCGAGAUUGACGAAGGCACGGGACUGAUCAUCACUGUGGAUUACCUGGACUAUGAGACCAAGACCAGCUACCUGAUAAAUGUGUCCGCCACCGACCAGGCGCCUCCUUUCAACCAGGGCUUCUGCAGCGUCUACAUCACUUUGCUCAAUGAGCUGGAUGAGGCCGUGCAGUUCUCCAAUGCCUCCUAUGAGGCUGCCAUCAUGGAGAACCUGGCACUGGGCACCGAGAUUGCGCGGAUUCAGGCCUACUCCAUCGACAACCUCAACCAGAUCACCUACCGCUUCGACACCUACACCAGUGCCCAAGCCAAAGCUCUCUUCAAGAUAGAUGCCAUCACGGGCGUGAUCACAGUCAAGGGCCUGGUGGACAGGGAGAAGGGUGACUUAUACACCUUGACAGUGGUGGCGGACGACGGCGGCCCCAAGGCAGACUCCACCGUGGUCUAUAUCACUGUGCUGGACGAGAAUGACAAUAGCCCCCAGUUCGACUUCACCUCCGACUUAGCGGUCAGUGUACCUGAGGACUGCUCUGUGGGCCAACGUGUGGCCACCGUCAAGGCCCAGGACCCUGAUGCUGGCAGCAAUGGGCAGGUGGUCUUCUCCCUGGCUUCUGGCAACAUCGCUGGGACCUUUGAGAUCGCCACCACCAAUGACUCCAUUGGCGAAGUGUUUGUGGCCAGGCCUCUGGACAGAGAAGAGCUGGACCACUACUUCCUCAAGAUCAUGGCUUCUGACCUUGGCACCCCUCCAAGGAAGAAGGACCACAUCCUGCAGGUGACCAUCCUGGACAUCAAUGACAACCCUCCCGUGAUUGAGAGCCCCUUUGGAUACAAUGUUAGCGUGAAUGAGAACGUUGGUGGUGGCACCGCCGUGGUCCAGGUGAGAGCCACCGACCGUGACAUCGGGCUCAACAGCAUCCUGUCCUACUACAUCACCGAGGGCAACGAGGACAUGACCUUCCGCAUAGACCGAAUCAGCGGUGAGAUCACCACACGGCCCGCGCCUCCAGACCGGGAGCACAAGAGCUUCUACCACCUGGUGGUCACAGUGGAGGACGAGGGCACACCUACCCUGUCGGCCACCACCCACGUGUACGUGACCAUCGUGGAUGAAAAUGAUAACGCGCCCGUGUUCCAGCGACCCCACUACGAGGUGCUGCUGGAUGAGGGCCCAGACACCAUCAAUGCCAGCCUCGUCACCAUCCAGGCGCUGGACCUGGAUGAGGGGCCCAAUGGCACAGUGACCUACGCCAUCGUCUCAGGCAACAUCAUCAACACCUUCCGUAUCAACAGACGAAUGGGCGUCAUCAGUGCCACAAAGGAGCUGGACUACGAGAUAAGCCAUGGCUGCUACACCCUGAUCGUCACUGCCACGGACCAGUGCCCCAUCUUGUCCCACCGCCUCACCUCUACCACCACGGUGCUUGUGAAUGUGAACGACAUCAAUGACAAUGCGCCCACCUUCCCCCGGGACUACGAAGGGCCAUUUGACGUCACCGAGGGCCAACCGGGGCCCAGGGUAUGGACCUUCCUGGCCCACGACCGGGACUCAGGCCCAAACGGCCAGGUGGAAUACAGUAUCAUGGAUGGAGACCCCCUGGGGGAGUUUCUGAUCUCUCCCGUGGAGGGGGUACUGCGGGUCCGGAAGGAUGUGGAGCUAGACCGGGAGACCAUUGCCUUCUACAACCUGACCAUCUGUGCCCGCGACAGGGGGGUGCCCCCUCUCAGCUCCACGAUGCUGGUAGGGAUCCGGGUGCUGGACAUCAAUGACAAUGACCCCCUGCUGCUGAACCUGCCCAUGAACAUCACCAUCAGUGAGAACACUCCCGUCUCCAGCUUUGUCGCCCACAUCCUGGCCAGUGACGCUGACAGUGGCUGCAACGCGCUGCUCACCUUCAACAUUACGGCUGGCAACCGAGAGCGGGCCUUCUUCAUUAAUGCCACGACAGGGAUCAUCACUGUGAACCAGCCCCUGGACCGUGAGCGGAUUCCAGAGUACAAGCUGACCAUCUCCGUGAAGGACAACCCAGAGAACCCACGCAUAGCCAGGAGGGAUUUUGAUUUUCUGCUGAUCUUUCUUGCGGACGAGAAUGACAACCACCCCCUCUUUACUGAGAGCACCUACCAGGCUGAGGUGAUGGAAAACUCUCCCACCGGGACACCCAUCACAGUGCUCAAUGGGCCCAUCCUGGCCCUGGAUGCGGACCAGGACGUCUACGCCGUGGUGACCUACCAACUGCUGGGCGCCCAGAGUGACCUCUUUGACAUCAACAACAGCACUGGCAUGGUGACAGUGAGGUCAGGGGUCAUCAUUGACCGGGAGGCUUUCUCACCUCCUGUCCUGGAGUUGCUCCUGCUAGCUGAGGACAUCGGGCUGCUCAAUGGCACAGCUGACCUGCUGAUCGCUAUUCUGGACGACAAUGACAACUGGCCCACGUUUAGCCCCAAUGCCCUCACUGUCCACCUGCUGGAGAACUGCCCACCAGGAUUCUCAGUCCUUCAAGUCACAGCUACGGAUGAGGACAGUGGCCUCAAUGGGGAACUGGUCUACCGAAUAGAAGCAGGGGCUCAGGACCGCUUCCUCAUCCACCCCGUCACCGGGGUCAUCCGUGUCAGCAACGUCACUAUCGACAGGGAGGAGCAGGAAUCUUACAGGCUGACGGUGGUGGCCACCGACCGGGGCACCGUCCCUCUCUCGGGCACGGCCAUCAUCUCCGUCCUCAUUGAAGACAUCAAUGACUCUCGCCCCGAGUUCCUCAACCCCAUCCAGACAGUGAGUGUGCUGGAGUCGGCCGAGCCAGGCACUGUCAUUGCCAACGUCACUGCCAUUGACCGCGACCUCAACCCAAAGCUGGAGUACCACAUCAUUGGCAUCGUGGCCAAGGACGACACUGAUCACCUGGUGCCCAACCAGGAGGAUGCCUUUGCCGUGAAUAUCAACACAGGGUCUGUAAUUGUGAAGUCCCCCCUGAACCGGGAGCUGGUUGCCACCUAUGAGGUCACUCUCUCAGUGAUUGACAAUGCCAGUGAUCUACCAGAGCAUGCUGUCAGCGUGCCAAAUGCGAAGCUGACAGUCAACAUCCUGGAUGUCAACGACAAUACACCCAAGUUCAAGCCCUUCGGGAUUACCUACUACACAGAGCGUGUCCUGGAGGGGGCCACUCCAGGCACCACGCUCAUUGCUGUGGCCGCCGUGGACCCCGACAAGGGCCUCAAUGGGCUGAUCACCUACACCCUGCUGGACCUCGUGCCCCCAGGCUAUGUCCAACUGGAAGACUCUUCCAUGGGAAAGGUCAUUGCCAACCGGACAGUGGACUAUGAGGAGGUGCACUGGUUCAACUUUACUGUGAGGGCCUCAGACAAUGGGUCCCCACCCCGGGCAGCCGAGAUCCCUGUCUACCUGGAGAUUGUGGACAUCAAUGACAACAACCCCAUCUUUGACCAUCCCUCCUACCAGGAAGCCAUCUUUGAGGAUGUGCCCGUGGGCACAGUGAUCCUGACAGUUUCCGCUACCGACACCGACUCAGGCAACUUUGCCCGCAUCGAGUACAGCCUCGUGGACGGAGAGGGCAAGUUUGCCAUCAACCCCACCACGGGUGACAUCUAUGUGCUGUCCUCACUGGACCGGGAGAAGAAGGACCACUAUAUCCUGACUGCCUUGGCCAAAGACAACCCUGGUGAUGUAGCCAGCAACCGUCGAGAAAACUCGGUACAGGUAGUGAUCCAGGUGCUGGAUGUCAAUGACUGCCGACCACAGUUCUCCAAGACCCAGUUCAGCACGAGCGUGUAUGAGAACGAGCCAGCGGGGACCUCAGUCAUCACCAUGGUGGCCACUGACCAGGAUGAGGGCCCCAAUGCGGAAUUAGCUUACUCACUGGAGGGCCCUGGUGCGGAGGCCUUCCAUGUGGACAUGGACUCCGGCCUGGUGACCACCAAGCGGCCACUGCAGUCCUACGAGAGGUUUAAUCUGACCGUGGUGGCCACAGAUGGUGGAGAUCCUCCUCUCUGGGGCACCACCAUGCUCCUGGUAGAGGUCAUCGACGUCAAUGACAACCGCCCUGUCUUCGUGCGUCCACCCAAUGGCACCAUCCUACACAUCAGAGAGGAGAUCCCGCUGCGCUCCAACGUGUACGAGGUCUACGCCACAGACAAGGACGAGGGCCUCAACGGGGCAGUGCGCUACAGCUUCCUGAAGACAGCAGGCAACCGGGACUGGGAAUACUUCACCAUCGACCCCAUCAGCGGCCUCAUCCAGACCGCGCAACGCCUGGACCGUGAGACGCAGGCGGUGUACAGCCUCAUCCUGGUGGCCAGCGACCUGGGCCAGCCGGUGCCAUACGAGACAAUGCAGCCGCUGCAGGUAGCCCUGGAGGACAUCGACGACAACGAACCCCUCUUCGCGAGGCCCCCAAAAGGCAGCCCCCAGUACCAGCUGCUAACAGUACCUGAGCACUCGCCACGCGGCACCCUCGUGGGCAACGUGACAGGCGCUGUGGACGCAGAUGAGGGCUCCAACGCCAUCGUGUACUACUUCAUCGCAGCCGGCAACAAAGAGAAGAACUUCCAUCUGCAGCCUGAUGGGUGUCUCCUGGUGCUGCGGGACCUGGACCGGGAACGGGAGGCUGUCUUCUCCAUCAUUGUCAAGGCCUCAAGCAAUCGCAGCUGGACACCUCCCCAUGAGCCCUCCCUGGCCCUUGACCUGCUGGCUGACCCCACCCUGCAGGAGGUGCGGGUUGUGCUGGAGGACAUCAAUGACCAGCCGCCUCGGUUCACCAAAGCCGAGUACACUGCAGGAGUGGCCACCGAUGCCAAGGUGGGCUCAGAGCUGGUCCAGGUGCUGGCCCUGGAUGCAGACAUCGGCAACAACAGCCUGGUCUUCUACAGCAUCCUGGCCAUCCACUACUUCCGGGCCCUUGCCAACGACUCUGAGGAUGUGGGCCAGGUCUUCACCAUGGGGAGUGUGGACGGCAUUCUGCGCACCUUCGACCUUUUCACGGCCUACAGCCCUGGCUACUUUGUGGUGGACAUCGUGGCCAGGGACCUGGCGGGCCACAGUGACACAGCCAUCAUCGGCAUUUACAUCCUGAGGGAUGAUCAGCGUGUCAAGAUUGUCAUUAACGAGAUCCCUGAACGGGUGCGCGGCUUCAAGGAGGAAUUCACCCGCCUGCUCGCCAACAUCACAGGCGCCAUCGUCAACACUGACGACGUGCAGUUUCACGUGGACAAGAAGGGUCGGGUGAACUUCGCACAGACAGAGCUGCUCAUCCACGUGGUGAACCGGGAUACCAACCGCAUCCUGGAUGUGGACCGGGUGAUUCAGAUGAUUGAUGAGAACAAGGAGCAGCUGCGGAAUCUUUUCCGGAACUACAACGUCCUGGAUGUGCAGCCGGCCAUCUCUGUCCGGCUGCCUGAUGACAUGUCUGCCCUGCAGGUACCCCUGGCGGCCCACCAGCCCCCACAGCCCCUUGCUGCCCUCACUGCAUGUGGAGGGGCACUGCUACCCGGGCUCUGGCCCAGGCGUCCCACUCGUGCCUGUCCCUCCCUCCCCCAGAUGGCGAUUAUCGUCCUGGCUAUUCUCCUCUUCCUGGCAGCCAUGCUCUUCAUCCUCAUGAACUGGUACUAUAGGACCAUACACAAGAGGAAGCUCAAAGCCAUUGUGGCUGGCUCAGCAGGGAAUCGCGGUUUCAUCGACAUCAUGGACAUGCCCAACACUAACAAGUACUCCUUUGACGGGGCCAACCCCGUGUGGCUGGAUCCUUUCUGCCGGAACCUGGAGCUGGCCGCCCAGGCCGAGCACGAGGAUGACCUACCAGAAAACCUGAGCGAGAUUGCUGACCUGUGGAACAGCCCCACCCGCACCCACGGAACUUUUGGGCGUGAGCCAGCAGCUGUCAAGCCUGACGAUGACCGGUACCUGCGGGCAGCCAUCCAGGAGUAUGACAACAUUGCCAAGCUGGGCCAGGUCAUUCGGGAGGGGCCCAUUAAGCUGAUCCAGACCGAACUGGAGGAAGAGCCAGGGGAGCGCAGCCCAGGCCAGGGCAGCCUGCGCUUCCGCCACAAGCCGCCCAUGGAGUUCAAGGGCCCCGAUGGGAUCCACGUGGUGCACGGCAGCACUGGCACGCUGCUGGCCACCGACCUCAACAGCCUGCCCGAGGAUGACCAGAAGGGCCUGGGCCGCUCGCUGGAGACACUGACGGCUGCCGAAGCCAGUGCCUACGAGCGCAACGCCCGUACUGAGUCCGCCAAAUCCACACCCCUGCACAAGCUUCGGGACGUGAUCAUGGAGAGCCCUCUGGAGAUCACCGAGCUAUGACUGUCAGGGGAGGCCUCACUGGUGUGAGCAGCGCCUGUCCCUCUGUGCCUCCCUGGGCAGGGCCAGCGGGGUCUGAGUCCCUCCCCAGGCCAAUGGGGGUAGACGACCUCGGGUUGGCCCCCGCAUCAGCUGCUUAAAUGGGUUUUACUUUUACCAGACACUCAUUCAGCAUCUGAUCUCUACCUUCAUAAAAUUUGUUAUUUUUUUAAGAAAAAACAAAUGCUAAGCAUCUAAGGUAAGGUCACUGGGGACCCAAGAGUCUGACCAGCUUAGCUCUUCCCCUCCCCAUUCCACCCGCAGCGAGCACGCCUUGCGCCCCCCCCUCCACACACAGAGCAGGGGCCCAGAGCCUGGGGGAGGCAGGCCGAGCGCUGGCACCCCUGCCUGCCCAACACCUUCACUUCAGCUCGCCUCUGCCACAUCCCCAGCUGGACUACAUCCCCAGCUGGACAUCCAGGUGGGGGCAGGAGUGACCCCUGCUUUCCACACAGACACAACGGUCAAUGGCAACGAAGAGCAGAGUGUUCAUUUCAUCGGCUUCCCAAACACACCCAGCUUCUGAAAUGACUGAUGUUCCUUGGAUUUUGAAUGUAGAGUAUUCGUGUGUAUUCCUUUUUUAAAUUAAGUUAUUCCCUUGAUAUCUGCCCCUUCAUUUUGUUUAACUGGUACUCGAUGAAGUUUUUGGAAUGGUCUGUUUAAAAAGAAAAGGAACUCAUGAGGAACCAGCAAUAUACUCUGGCUCUGGGCAACUCCUGGGGGGCUGGCCGGAGGGAAGGGGCAGGAAGCUCUGGCCUGGGGCUGCCGCUCGGUCUCUCUGGAAGGACAUGGGGGGUUUCUUUUGGCCACUUAGCUUUCUUUCUCUGGCCAAGAGGAAAUGCAGGACUGCCGGGCAUGAAAGAGGCCAUAGCCUCAGAGCUAGUCGGACACCAAACUCUUCUGGCUGAGGCAUCCCAGAAACACUCAGGGUCCAGGUCUGGCUGAGAGAAGUUUAUUGUUAAAUCACAGAAACUUUAGUGCAAAACAGACAAAAAUCAUUAAGUCCGUUUACUAGUAACAGCCCAUCUCCCUGCCUUUGCUUGGUAUCACCUGGCAACCAGAAGCAGAACAGAUGCUGUGGCCAAACAGAAGAGGCGGUGGCGCAGCACAGCAGCUGAGGCCAAGGGAGGCACCCACUUCCACACCCAGCAGAGCCCUUGGCCUCUCACCAUCCACCAGGAAGCUCCUCAACCACAUUUGAAAGGGAAGAUCAAAAAGAGCAUCUAUGAGUGGGGGAGGCUAUGGCUGCCCAAAGCAACGGGGCCCGCGAUGGUUGGGCAGACACUAAACAGGCAUGGGGUGGCACCAGUGUCUCUCACACACACACACACGUGGAAGCCAGGCCCACAGGGUCGCCACACAGAGCUAGCAAGUUACGUUCAGCCAGAGUUUUCCCUCCCACCCAGACCGACAGAACCCCGAACAAGGAACCACAAGGAAAAGACACAUGGAAGCUGAAUCAGGGUGAGCCCAGGACAGCAAACUCUUGGUCCAGCCACUUCCCCUGAACCAUCAGUAGCUUCUCUCUGAAUCUGCGCUAGUACAGCGGGAACUACACUGUUUGAAAACCCUAACUAGUCUGAGCUUCUGUUCUUUCAUAUAUAACUGCCUUUGUUUUGCUUCUUUGUACAGCAGCCAACAGACCUGGGAAGGGGGAGGGUCCCUCCUUAGCGUGGGUGGAGCCCUCAGAAAGCCCAAGCCCACAGAUGUCCAAGCACCUGGCCAGGCUCAGAACAAGGCCCCGGGUACAGAGAGGGUGGACAGCCAUCUGUCAGGAAGCACUGGCUCAUGCCAGCACCAAGUGGCCCCCCCACCCCAUUGUCACUAUGCAAGGGCAGGCUAAGACCCCCAGGCGCAAAGAGAGGAGAGACACUGAAGUGCUAUGUCAGCGGGAGGGAGGUGCCUCCCACAUUGACAGCAAUGUUACAACAGGGACUUCAGAAACGGGGUGGGGGAAGAAAGUCUAUUU